CAUCAGUAAUACAACCACGUAAUAUUUAGGAUCUUGACCAUGUAGGAGCAUGCUCAUUGCUAUAGUCCAGUACUUAGCAUGCGCUUAACAGAACAUCGCUUUUAUCACCCCGACCAGUUAUGUUUCUGCUAGUCGUUUUCUGGACGUCAGCACUGCGGAUGCUUCUCACACGGAGAUCAGCGCUCAGCUCCAGUACACUGUACAGCCUAUUAAUUCGGGUAUCAGUGAGUCCACAGCCAGCCAUUUUGUUUCCAGUGCAGAUAGUGCACGCGUGCACUGCACGCCAGCCUCAAUGCAGGUGUGCCAUGGCAAAAGAUAGUACGGUGUGCAGGCAGCACCGGAUUCAAAUGGAAAUGUCAAGCGCGUGCUUAUCCACAAUGCACGUAAUGCAACCAUUAAACUAGCGGCGAUCUUGAAAAACUCGCUGGCAUCGCUAGCAUCACUGGCAGUGGUACCCUGUGACGGCUGUUGUCA